GAUACAGCUAGUACAAGUGCAGGAAGAAAACAAGGACGAUGGAUUUCUGCAACAACUUUUCCACUGUCUCGGCCGUUUGCAUCGCGCUAAUGUCCUUUGGCUUCUUCACACGAGUUUCCCACCAACUCUCCGUCGAUUUCUACUCCAUGUCCUGUCCACAACUGGAGCAGCUAGUCUUCUCGGUCACCUCGCAACGGUUCAAAGAAGCUCCGGUCUCCGCGCCUUCAACCAUUCGGCUCUUCUUCCACGACUGCUUCGUAGAGGGCUGCGAUGCGUCGAUUCUGAUAAGUGGCCCUGGCUCGGAGAGAGAGGCUGUCGACAACGAGGAUCUGGCGCCGGAGGCGUUCGAGAGCGUCGGCACGGCGAAGGCGGUGGUGGAGUCCAAGUGCCCGGGAGUCGUCUCCUGUGCUGACAUUCUCGCCAUUGCUGCCAGAGACUUCGUUUUUCUGGCUGGUGGUCCAAAAUAUCCAGUGAAGAAAGGAAGAAGAGACGGGAGAGCCUCCCUCGCAUCCGAGGUGAAGAACAACCUACCUCGUUCUAAUUCAACAGUGGAUGACCUCCUCAAGUUGUUCGCUAGCAAAGGGCUCAACAAGACGGACCUAGUUGCACUCUCCGGGGCUCACACGAUUGGAUUCGCACACUGUAGACAGUUUGUACCAAGGCUCUACAACUACAACCAUACCAACCGGCCGGACCCACUGAUCGAACCCAGGCUCCUCAAGGCUCUACAGAUGUUGUGCCCUCGGACCGGCGGCAACACCGACGUGGUCGCGCCCUGUGACGUUACGACACCUUUCAAUUUCGACAACGUGUACUACAAGAAUUUAGAGGCAAACAUGAGCUUAUUGGCAAGCGACCAAGCACUCUUCCUGGACCCAAGGACUAGAGGGCUCGUCCGGAUGCUGGGGAAGCAUAUGGUUACGUUCUUUGAUGCUUUCACACAAGCCAUGGAUAAGAUGGGAAGCAUAGGAAUUAAAUUGGGAAACGAAGGAGAGAUUAGGAGGAACUGCAGUAGACAUAACUAAUCAUAAAAGGAUUCGAAUUUGUACUCAUUUGACUUUAUUUUUGUUUUUGUGGUGACUUUGAGUCUUUUGUAUGUCAUAUGCUAUUUUUCUUGUCCUAUUUCAGCUUUUAAGGGCAGUCAUGGAUAUUUCAUAAAAUAAAUAAAUAGUUUUCACCUCAGAA